AAUCCUUGAUCCUCCAUAAAACUUAUGUCCCCAUGAUCCCUGUAACAAGCACAGUAACCUUAACCUCUCCCAACCUCUCACUCUCAUAAAUCCACAACGUACCAACAAACGACACCAAGAGGUAGCGAACCGAGUACGGACCAAAAUCUCAAAAAUGCCCUCACCCUCCACAGACGACCCCUCCGCAAGCUCACCCCUCGUCCAAAUCUCUCCCACGCCAACAAAUACAACCUUCCUCACACAAACAAGUCACCACCACCACCAUCCCAUCGUCAGCUUCUACAGGUUCAUUUACGGACGAACGAGAUGGUAUCUAUCUUCCGCAGCUCAGCAUUAUACAAGUAAGUCUCUUUUUUUUUCGCUAUCUCCUGUUCUUUCAAGUCUCUUAUACGAAAUUCCAAGCCUCUAUUUUGUUUUUGCUAGUUCUUGAUAGGUAAGUAGGCGGUGUGGAUAUCCGAUUUCUCAGUUUCUGCUUUCUGGUUGAUGGCUCGUCAAGUGGUUACGGGAUUUGAAUGGAACAAGUUGAUAGCCAAAAUGUUUUCUUCAAAAGCAGAAGGGAAAGUAACUUCGAUUCUUCUUAUUUAAAUGAAUCACAUAGCCUAGUCCACUAGUCUAUCUCAUACUAUUCUCUUCUCUUGUUCCCUCUCUCGUUCCCCCCUCCCCCCUCUCAUAACCCUCACCCUCGACUCCCCUUCCCUCUCCAUCUUCAACCUAGAAGAAGAAGAAACCGCCCCAACCAAACCUCUACUCAAAAAACCAAUCACUAACCCACCCCAGUCCUCCUCCUAGUAUCCCUCGACCUACUAACCAUCUUCGCCGACAUAACCAUCAACCUCCACCAAUGCGAUUUCCCAGAUUCGAGCCGAAAAUGGGAGAACGCACGUAGCGGUCUCGGCAUCGCAGGUUUGGUAUUCAGUUGUCUCUUCAUGGUAGAGUUAUGUUUGAACCUCUGGGUUUUUGGGUGGAGGUAUAUUAUCUUUCCUACAUCUCAAUGUUUCCAUGUUCUCCACUAUCAUUUCCCGUCCUCGUGUUUCAAUUCCUGAAUCUUGAUGCCAUGAUGCUAUCUACAUCCACUUACUCAUACACUCACUCCCUCCAAUCCAUCUCCAAUCCAUCUCCAAAUUCCUCCCUUUCCUCUCCAAAAAAAGAAGACCAGAUACUAAACCCCACCCCUCAAUCCAGAUACCUAACAACCCCCUUCCACCUCCUCGACACCCUCGUCAUCCUCGCCUCCUUCACCAUCGACGUCCUCCUCCACGGAACCCUCGAAGAAAUCGGGUCUCUGAUAAUAAUCCUACGUCUGUGGCGCGUCUUCAAGAUUAUCGAGGAAUUCAGUGAGUCCACCUCUUUCCCCAUGUCUUUCUACAUCCAUAUCCUUCCUCCCUCACCUUCCUCAGCCUGCAUCAAACAAAAACUCUCCUCCUCCUCCUCCUCCUCCUCCUCCUGCCAUUCCCAUCCCCCCAGCCCCCCAAAAUCCACUCCUCCAUAAACCCUUAAAAGAACCUCCAACCCCCUGACCAACCCCCUUCCCCACCUCAAAAACCCCCCAAACUAACACCCCUCCCCUCCCCAGGCAUAGCAACCGCAGAAGAGCACUCCACCCUCACAACCCGAAUCCAAGAACUCACGCUCGAGAACGGGAAUGUGCGCGCGGAAAUCCGUAGGGUUUCAAAGGGUAGUAGUGGUAGUGAGAUCAGUAUGAGCAGGAGGACCGAUUCCGAAGUCUAAGUCAAGGUAGUUUGGAGAUGAUUUGGGGGGGGAGGGUGAGGGGGUAUUGAAUUCUAGUGUGUGGUGUUGUGUGGUGUUGUAUUGAUGAUGAUGAAUUUGGAGUUGGGAGUUGGAGUUGGAGUUGGAGUUUGGAAUUGGAGGUGGGAGUUUUAUUGUGAUGUUACUGUCGAUGUUACAAAGUGUUUUUAGAGUGGAUUAGAGUAUUACCUAUAUAUACCUUAUCAUGAUUAG